GUAUCGGGCAUCCCUCGCUCCGGAAGUUGACAGUCGUUGUUCUGGUGACACAUGAAAGUCACCGGUACAGAAAUCAUAAUGUGUCAUGUUAGGGCGUAUUUCUAUCUUCUGAAUUAGCUAAACACAAAUGUGUGUUAAACGUGCUGACGGUACAGUAUAAAGCAGUAAAUCGGUGUUUACUGAACGACAGGACUGUUACGUUGAGUUCCAACUGCCGUUAGCUGCUAUAUCAUCGUUACCUACAGCAGUAAAAUACUAGGCUCUACAGGCUCUGUUAGAGUUGUUUCUGUUUCCACAAUUUUUGUCAUUUGAAGCAGAUUACAGAUGGCAAAGUGCCUCGGUCGAAUAUUCAUGGGCUUCGGCUCAGCGAUAAAGACUCAACUCCGCCGCCCGUCCAGCCUUUCAGUCAGGACCACCGAUGUGCGGACCAUCGUGGCGCUGCCAUCGUCCUUUUUCCCCAAGCCUCGAGACUUCAGCCUGCCUAACUCCUCGUGGGGCCCAGAAAUGAUGCAAUUGUAUGAGCAUUACAACAGCCAGUGUGAGGCGGAGACAGAGGGAGGAAAGAAACAGGAAGGACCGUGGAGGAGACUGCCUAGCUACAACCGUCUUCUCAAGUAUGCUACAGGCGGUGUGUAUCUUAGUAAGAUGAUCCAGUCAAAAGCCCGACUUUUCACCCGGAACAUCAGAGACUCGGGGGCAGCAUUUGAGUAUGUUUUGUUUGUCAACAAUGAUGAACAAAAGUGUGUGGGCAUUUUCCAGGCUGGACAUCUGCUGGAGGGGCCACCAGGACAUGUCCACGGGGGGGCGAUAGCAACUAUGAUUGAUACUGUGGCAGGGACUCAAGCUACUAUGAUCUCUGGACCUAUUGUGACUGCCAACCUCAAUAUUAACUACCGCAGCCCCAUCCCACUGGGAAGCACAGUGUUGCUUGAAUCCUCUCUGGAUAAGAAGGAAGGCAAAAAAACCUUUAUUUCAUGUAAAGUGACCAGUCCUGACGGCUCCAAAGUGCACACAGAAUCAACAGUGCUGUUCGUGUCAAUCAGUAUCAGCCAUCUACUGCAGAGAGAGUGACACAAAUGCACCAGUCUACCACCUACCCAAACACCGCCUGCAAGCUGAGGCCACAACGAGUGUGUGUGUGUGUGUGUGUGUGUACGUGUGUGUGUGAGACUUUUAGGGCGUGUGUAUUUAAGAGAGAGUUUCUGACCUCUGUUAUUACAAACAAAGUUAUACAGUUUUAUGAAGUACCUUUACUGACUGCCUCUCUUUAGUAUUACUAACACAUCAACAAUACAUAUCUAAGUGUUAUUUAUUGAGCUGAAAGUUAAAGGUAAUUUAUUAACAACAGUAUUGAUGGUUUUAUAUACAUAAGAGGUUUUUGCUCAAAAAGUACAUUACUGUAUAUGAAUAUUUUGUUUCAUCUAAUAAAACCUUAAAUUUUGGUAUCAUACAAAUCA